AUGAAUGAGGGUGAGGGCAAAGAGAGAGAAACAGAGAGCAAGGUCGAAUCAAGUGAGAGAGAAAAGAGAGAGAAGAGUUCAGCCAAAGAAGGAAAAUCAGAGAGAAAACAAAGAAAUUUCUAUGCAAAAACAAGUGAGGUUAAGCGAGCACUAAUUGCAAAACGGCCGAUGAUUGAGUUUGAGGAUGUGUUUCCCGAGGAGGUACCACAUGGUUUACCACCUAUCCGAGGGAUUGAACAUCAAAUUGAUUUUGUUCCCGGUGCUUCUAUCCCAAACCGACCAACAUACAGGAGCAAUCCGGAGGAGACAAAGGAACUUCAAAGGCAAGUUGAAGAAUUGAUGGUGAAAGGGCAUGUGAGAGAAAGCAUGAGUCCUUGUGCUGCUCCAGUGAUUCUAGUUCCCAAGAAGGAUGGGACAUGGAGAAUGUGUGUUGACUGCCGAGCCAUCAACAACAUAACGAUUGAUCUUAAGAGUGGGUAUCAUCAAAUACGAAUGAAAGAAGGUGAUGAAUGGAAGACUGCAUUUAAAACUAAACAUGGAUUCAAGAGUUUGCAUGAUCAUGCCUCACAUUUGCAUUCGGUUUUGGAUGUGCUUAGGAAAGAGAAAUUAUACGCUAACCUCAAGAAAUUUGAAUGUGAUGCUUCUGGUAUUGGUAUUGACACUGUUCUUAUGCAGGAUUGGCGACCACUUGCGUACUUUAGCGAGAAACUAAGUGGGGCUGCACUUAACUACCCCACUUAUGACAAAGAAUUGUAUGCCUUAAUCUCUACUCUUGAUGCUAAAUUACUUGGUUUUGAGCACAUUAAGGAACUUUAUCAUGUUGACCAUGACUUUGGGGAGAUUUAUGGUGCUUGUGAAAAAUCUGUUGAGGGAAAGUUUUAUAGGCAUGAGGAUUUCUUGUUUAGGGAGCAUCAGUUGUGUGUACCUAAUUUUUCUUUGAGAGAUUUCUUUCACUUGAUUUCGUUGGUAUUCUUUUUGUGUUUCAAGUAUAAAGGUAGCAAGGAAAAUGAAUUUGGAGAUUGA